CGAGUUUGAGCGUUGCCCGCAAUUUGUGGCGCCCUGGUUUACCUUGACGUUUAGCGAGGAGUAUUGCCUUGAUUACAGGCAGAAUAACGUCCAGAGUGUUGCAGCCAUGGAUUCAUUUAUUUCCACAUGAAAAAUGCUGAAUCUGUACGGAACAGUAUACAAUCCUCCCACUCAUUUAUUCACCUCUUCAGUCAAGGAACAUUCACAAAACUACAAUGUCAUAUCAGGUGCAACGAACACGGGCGUUCCCACUAUGGCAUCCAGCACACCAGCUACCAUCAAUCAACCCGUCAUGGUUGCACCGAUUGGGAGUCCUCCAGGGUCUGCUGUCUUGAACAACGGCUGUACCAUAUCCCCAAACUGUGGUGUCACCAGCAAUACGACCAAUGCAUCUAUGACUUACAGUAAUGGACCUACUGGUAUGGCCUCUCUGAGUACAGGGAACGGGAAUGGUGGGAAUCAGUGUGGUAAUGGCUCCUCACCGCCAGCGGUAGGCAGCGGCGGAGACGUUCCAUCUAUCGGUGGCGGUGGUGGAUCUGCGAGCAGUGCUGGUGCUGGUAGCAACAGUAGCGGCUCUGGAGGUGCAGGUGGAUCCACGGGUGGUAGUGGUUCCUGCAGUGGAAUGGGACAUUCUGCUUCUUCGCAGCACUUGAUCCAGUUUGAACCACCCGCGCGUCCAGGUCGUGGCUCUGAUGGCCGUGCUAUCAGCCUGCGCGCUAAUCACUUCGAAAUCCGCAUGCCAAAAGGUUUCUUGCACCACUACGAUGUGUCAAUCGUGCCGGAGAAAUGUCCACGACGUGUCAACAGAGAAAUCAUCGAAACUAUGGUGAACUCAAUGCACUACCAGAAGUACUUUUACAACCAGAAGCCGGUUUUUGACGGCCGGCGAAACAUGUACACGCGAGACCCAUUACCAAUUAGUAAAGAAAAGGUUGAACUAGAAGUUACCCUUCCAGGUGAGGGCAAAGACAGAGUAUUCCGAGUUGCUAUCAAACAUGUAUCGGAGGUAUCCCUGUUCGCACUGGAAGAGGCCUUGGGUGGUCAUAUACGACACAUUCCCAACGACGCGGUAGUUUCACUGGAUGUCAUUAUGCGACAUCUUCCAAGUAUGAGCUACACGCCUGUCGGUCGUUCGUUCUUUCAAAAUCCUGACGGAUAUGAGAAUCCCCUCGGUGGUGGUCGGGAAGUUUGGUUUGGUUUUCAUCAAAGCGUUCGUCCCUCGCAAUGGCGGAUGAUGCUGAACAUUGAUGUAUCGGCCACAGCAUUCUACAAGGCGCAGUCUGUGAUCGACUUCAUGUGCGAAGUUCUUGACAUUUCUGACAAGAGUGAGCAGCGGCGUGCAUUGACGGAUAGCCAAAGGGUGAAGUUUACCAAGGAAAUCAAAGGUCUCAAAGUGGAAAUAACACAUUGUGGAACGAUGCGACGAAAAUACCGUGUGUGCAAUGUAACGAGACGUCCGGCUCACACGCAGUCAUUCCCUCUGCAGCUCGAAACUGGCGCUACGAUGGAGUGUACGGUCGCGAAAUAUUUCCAAGAACGAUACAAUAUCCGUCUAGAGUAUCCUCAUCUACCUUGUCUGCAAGUUGGCCAGGAACAGAAACAUACCUAUCUACCCUUGGAGGUGUGCAACAUGGUCGCUGGACAGCGAUGUAUAAAGAAACUCACGGAUAUGCAAACUUCAACCAUGAUCAAAGCGACUGCACGGUCUGCUCCGGACCGGGAGAAGGAGAUCAAUAAUCUGGUCAAGCGCGCCAACUUUAACGCGGAUCCGCACCUGCAGAUGUUUGGAAUCAACGUUAAUACACGGAUGGCCGAAAUUCAAGGUCGUGUCAUACCUGCACCGAAGAUCCAGUACGGUGGUCGAACCAAGGCUCAGGCGUCACCACAGCUGGGUGUCUGGGAUAUGCGUGGCAAGCAGUUCUUCUCGGGUAUCGAAAUCAAGGUUUGGGCUAUUGCCUGUUUCGCGCCCCAGCGCAUAGUACGAGAGGACUCUUUGCGGCUGUUUACUCUGCAGCUUCAAAAGAUCUCCAACGACGCGGGCAUGCCUAUUUUGGCCCAACCAUGUUUCUGCAAGUAUGCAACCGGACAAGACCAAGUUGAACCGAUGUUUCGUUACUUGAAAAACACUCAUGCGGGUCUUCAACUUAUUGUUGUUGUUUUACCCGGAAAAACUCCCGUAUACGCCGAAGUCAAACGUGUGGGUGAUAUAAUGUUCGGACUUGCAACACAAUGUGUGCAGUCAAAAAACGUGAACAAAACAUCGCCACAAACGCUGUCUAAUCUCUGCUUAAAAAUUAACGUGAAACUAGGCGGUAUCAAUUCGAUCAUUGUGCCUAGUGUCCGACCUGCUGUUUUUCGGGAACCAGUUAUCUUCCUCGGCGCCGAUGUGACUCACCCGCCGGCGGGAGAUAAAACCAAGCCUAGUAUCGCUGCCGUCGUGGCUAGCAUGGACGCGCACCCAAGUCGUUAUUCUGCCACUGUCCGCGUGCAACCUCAUCGCCAGGAAAUCAUCCAAGACCUCUAUCCUAUGGUCAAGGAUCUGUUGCUUCAAUUUUACCGGGCCACCCGUUUCAAACCGACUCGAAUUAUCUACUAUCGUGACGGUGUUAGUGAAGGACAGUUUCUCAAUGUUCUCAACCAUGAACUCCGUGCAAUUCGCGAAGCCUGCGUCAAACUCGAACUGGGUUAUCAGCCCGGAAUCACUUUCAUCGUGGUUCAAAAACGCCACCAUACUCGACUGUUUUGUGCAGAUAAAAAGGAUCAAAUGGGUAAAUCUGGCAACAUCCCCGCCGGCACAACGGUGGACCAGGUGAUUACGCAUCCGACUGAAUUCGAUUUCUACCUGUGCAGUCACGCGGGCAUCCAGGGAACCUCCCGUCCCAGUCACUAUCACGUGUUGUGGGAUGACAACCGCUUCAGUGCGGAUGAUAUCCAAAAUCUGACGUACCAGUUGUGCCACACCUAUGUGCGGUGCACCCGAUCUGUGUCCAUCCCGGCUCCAGCCUACUAUGCGCAUCUGGUCGCUUUCCGUGCCAGGUACCAUCUGGUUGAGAAAGAAAUCGACAGCGGUGAAGGCAGCCAAAAAUCGGGUAACUCUGAUGAGCGUACGCCAACGGCAAUGAUGCGGGCCGUGACUGUGCAUCCAGAGACUUUGCGUGUCAUGUACUUCGCCUAAGUCCGUCCCACUCGAGAACAUUCCCGGGUCAGCAGGAUCACCGCAUUUAAACACCGUUGCCACUGAAAUUGCCUAUAUUUAUGCUUUAAUCUUUUUGUGUUCCCAAUACCCCUCUUUCACUGUCGUCGCCUGUUUUCUCCCUCCCUACCGUGCCAAAAUCCUCGAACCUCUGAUUCAUCAUCAUUUCCGUGACAUGAUGUAGAAGAUCUCUUCACGCUGAGCGUUUCACCUUAACACGAAUGAUUGCUUUGUAUCUUUUUUACUUGAUGGAUUAGCACAUACACAUUCGCGCUGCCAAAUAAGGUCCCAUGUGGCCACUCUUCAAACGUACUUUCUAUCCCGUUGUGGCGCCUAGUUUUCUUUGUCAUUUGUCCAUUCCUCUAAACUCCGGGUAACGGCCCAUUUUGUUCACACCAGUUUGCAUCUGUAAUUCGCACAUUGGCCGUCUACCUAUAACUCUGUUGUUGUACGUUCCUUUACCCACCCUUGAAAUGUUUUUGUGAAGCCCACACUUCCCAAGGAGUGCUGAAGAGUACAGUAAGGUUCUGGGGUGGUCGUCUUGAGUGAUUGUCGACACUUUGCACACGCACACCGCACGUUCCCGCCUCGGGCGCACACGAGUUCCGGAACUGAUUGGCGUUUGCUUUUUGUGUUACUUGGAUUGCGGUAGAUUGGACCGUGUUCGCUUUGCGGUGGCUCGCCGUUGUGGUUGCAUGUCUCAAGACGAUUGAACACAAUUUGUGUUGGAUGGUGUGGUUAAUGGCAUCUACUUGCAGUCAGAAUACCGCCAUUCCUCGGACGUUGACAACUGUAUAUCGACACCUCGCCAUCCACACACUUGUCACGCCGGCCUCUCGCUCGUCUUAGCCUCCUGGUUGUGCUGUUGUUCGACUUUGAAUGCUGCCUCACGAUAUUUUGGUUUUCCGGUCGUUUUACCCUCUCACUACACGAUCCUAAUCGAUCGUUCCGCUUAUGCUUUCUUCCGUCCACCGAUAUUUGUCUAUAUUGUAUUGCAGCACUUCCUUCACUUGUGUAACCACGGGGCUGUGUGCAUCCAUAUCCUAUCUUCCGUUGCUCUCAAUCGAUAUUCAUGUGUGUGUAUGUUAUUUUUCUGUGCGACACUUUUUACCGUGGCUGUAUUCACCUGUUUUGCUUCUCCUCAUGCCUGUAGUAUACAUCAUGCAGUAACCUGUUGGUACAUUAAUAAUCAUGUAUAUCAUCCUUUUUUUUACUUCCCCCCUCUCGAACGCUCGGCAGCUCAAUACGUUGAUAUUACAGCAUUUGUUAGACUAGUG